AUGCCUGACGUCGUUCCCGGAACACAGACAGUGCCAAAUUUGAAGCCCGACUACGAGGUUAGGCUCUUGCUCAACCCAAGCGCGGUCCUCAGCCCGCAAUAUGAGCUAACGGGCAACGUCAUAUCGUCCUUUGAUAUGCCGCCAACCGUCAUCAAGAUGAAUGUCCAGUUCCUCGACACGAGCUCCAAGGAGCUCUAUACCGCCGACUGGAGCGCCCGUAUCCGCAAGAUGGAAAACGAGGACGAUUUCGAGCUGACGUAUAAAUAG